UUUUUGUAUCUGAGGAAUCAACAGCCGCCAUCUUGUCGCGGCUCGGGCUGGGGAUUUCGAUACGGCGCUAUUUAGUGUUUUGGAGCGGAGCGCGGCCAGGCGGCCUUACUGCAGCCUGCGAGGCCCCGGACGCGGAUUUCGGCAAGAAAUCGGGGAAUCGAGCGGCGGCCGUCGGACUAGAAGCGUCGCGCUGCUGCGCUGUGUGGGAUUUCCCCUCAGCCCGGAGCUCGGUAUUGUUUACGGGGAGCCGUCGGUCGGUCGGUGGUUCGGAGCUCGGAGCUCGGACGGCGUCGCGGGGGAUCCGCUCGCGCUGCAUUUUUAUGCGGCUGCGGGUCUGAGGCGAACCCGGCCGCCGGUUUGCCUCUUUGUUAGUUUUUGCAGGGAUUUUUUGGACGUUAAAUUAUAGAGAAGCUGGUCUGUUUGGUGUGAUGCACAUUUAACGUCGUCCGGUGGGAGGGAGAGAGAGAGAGAGAGGGACGGACACACACACAUUUAUACACUCUCACACACACCAACACACACAUGCGAAAAUCCUGCGGAUUCGCUUCGUCUUGUGUUUAAUUCGGUUUCUAUGAGUAAACGGGGUUUCUGGGCUCUGUCCGGGGCGCUUUAUCGGCGAUAAUGUGGGUGUUGGGUGGUGGAUUAUCAUGGGGUGAAUGGCGGUGGCGACGCGCGGCGCUGUUGUUGCUUUUUUGAAAAGCCCUUCCUCGCUGCUAGCCAGCUAACCCAGCUAGCCUAUAGCAACCCCCCCCCUCCUCCUCGUCCGACUUCUUCUCUAAACACACAGAAAGUAACUUUCCCUCCCUCUCUCAGACCGAGCUUAUUCUUUACCCCUUAUUCUAAUCGUUUGGGAGGAAAAUGGCUGAAAAUAUGCUGGAUGUCGGACCGCCCAACCCAAAGAGAGCCAAGCUGACAGCACCUGCUCUGCCUUCAGCCUCGGACGGAGCAGAGUUGAACUCCCUGUCCUGGGAUGACCUGGAGAGCAAUCUUCCAGAUGAGCUGAUUCCUAAUGGUCCUAAUGGUGACCUAGGCUUGAUGAGCAUGCCCACCAAUGGCGGGACGGGUACAGGAGGUCUGGUGCCCGACGCCGCCGCCAAACACAAGCAGCUCUCCGAACUCCUCCGAGCGGGCAGCAGCACCAACCUGUCCGCAGGGCUGAACUCGGCCAGCCCCACGCCCGGAGGCAUGGGGGCGCAGCUGGGCGCUCUGGGGAAGAGCCCAUUGAGCCAAGGGUCACCCUCCCACCCCUCUCAGACGCAGAAGCCGGGGGGUGCUGCGGGCACGCAGGGUAAUCCUGCAGGUGCAGGCGGCAUGGGGCUCAACGCAGGCUUUAACCAAGCGAUGCUGAACAACGCCCAGACACACGGCAUGAUGGGACAGAAUGCAGGUGCCCAACAGGGCCAGGUGAUCAACGGAACUCUUGGGCCGGCCGGGCGAGGCCGGGGUGCAGCAGGGAUGCAGUACCAGAACCCUGCCAUGCAGGGGGCACCUUCAGUAGGGGCACCUGUGGCAGCAGCUGGAGCAGCACCGGGAGGAGCGGGCAGUGUGCUUGCAGAGACUCUAACACAGGGGGCGCAACAGAUGGGCAUGAACGCUCAACAGGCUGGAAAUAUGAACAAGAUGGGCAUGGCUGGGGGCAGUAGUCCAUUUGGCCAGUACCAGGCCGGAGGGCAGCAGCUGGGAGGAGCAGGCGUGAAUGCACAGUUGCAGAAUAAAGCUGCUCUUCAAAACAGCCUACCGCCUUUCCCCACUGACCUCAAGGGCGGCGCUGUGAGCAGCGUGCCAAACAUGCCCCAGACGCAGCAGCAGGUCUCAGUAGGGAUGGUAGGGGGUCAGGGUGUGUCUGCCGGUCCCACGGCCGACCCGGAGAAGCGGAAGCUGAUCCAGCAGCAGCUGGUUCUGCUGCUCCACGCCCACAAGUGCCAGCGGCGAGAGCAGGCCAACGGCGAGGUACGCGCCUGUGCCCUGCCCCACUGCAGGACCAUGAAGAACGUCCUCAACCACAUGACCCACUGCCAGGCCGGCAAGUCCUGCCAAGUGGCUCACUGUGCGUCCUCGAGGCAGAUCAUCUCUCACUGGAAGAACUGCACGCGGCACGACUGUCCUGUCUGUCUGCCGCUGAAGAACGCCAGCGACAAACGCAACCAGCAGCCAAUGCUGAGCUCUCCCACCGCAGGCCUGCCCAAUUCCAUGGGUCCAGUGGGUACCGGUCAGCCCACAGCACCAGCCCUGAACACCUCCACCCCUAUAGACCCCAGCUCCAUGCAGCGAGCGUACGCUGCCCUCGGCCUCCCUUACAGCAACCAGACCCCGACGCAGGCGCAGUCACCCGCGCAGACGCCUGGAGCCGGACAGCCUUCAACCCAGCCGGCGCAGACCCAGCACCAGCAGCAGAUGAGACCGCUCAAUGCACUCGGUGCUAACCAGAUGAACCUGAGCGGAGGGGCAAUGGGGGUGCCCACGUCAGAACAGGCCAAGCUGCAUCCAGACACUAACUUACCAUCCACUCUCAAUGCCAACAGUCAGCUGUUGCCAGACGGCUCUGCGGUGGGUUCUCUGGGUAGCGUGCCCACAGCAGCCCCUCUGUCUGCCGGCGGCGUGAGGAAAGCUUGGCAUGAGCACGUCACUCAGGACCUCCGCAACCACCUCGUCCACAAGCUAGUGCAGGCCAUCUUCCCUACUCCGGACCCUGCGGCUCUGAAAGAUCGGAGGAUGGAGAACCUGGUGGCCUACGCACGGAAGGUUGAGGGAGACAUGUACGAGUCUGCUAACAGCAGGGACGAGUACUACCAUUUCCUAGCCGAGAAGAUCUACAAGAUCCAGAAGGAACUGGAGGAGAAGAGACGAUCUCGACUCCAGAAGCAGAUCAUUAACCAGGCGCCCAUGACUGCAGCUGGGACGCAGCAGCCUGCCCUGAACCAGCCCAAUGCUCUGGGACCCCGGCCACAGAAUGGACCUGUGCCUAUGCCCAACGUGCCAAACCAGAUAAUGAACCGCAUGCAGGUCUCCCAAGGGAUGAACCAGUUCAACACGAUGCCCAUGCAGAAUGUUCAGAUGUCGCAGACUCCAAUGGCAGCUCGAGCUGCUUCCCCUAUGAGUCACCCACAGCAGAUAAACAUGGGUUCUGUUCCUCAGAUGGGUAUGUCACCCACGCGGAUGACACAAGGCAUGAUGGCAACUCACGGUGGGAACAUGGUGGCUCAGGCACCCAAUCAGACACAGUUUAUGCAGCAGUUUCCCACCAACACAAACAACAUAAACGUCAACAUGGGCCAGCCCAACACGCAGGCAGCUGUUACACAGCAGCCACAGAACCACCCUAUGAAUGCACUUGGCCCAUUGGGCCCCCAGAUGAAUUGCCCUGCACCUCCUCAGCCCUCUCUCGGUGCCACUCCACCCCCUAACGUGGGCACUGCUGCAUCUGCUUCCCUGCCCGCACUGCAGCCCAACCAGGCAGGAACACCCACUCCUGCCCCAGUGCAGGGAACCCCGCCACACACACAGCCCCAGACAGAGCUUCCUGCCCCAGCACAGCAGCACCCAAGCACACCGAGUGGUGAUAACAGAGUACCCACUCCAGCGUCCGUGGCGAGUGCAGACCUGCACACGCAGCAGGCCGUGCCCGAGCUGACCGCAGCAGCUGAGCCCAAACCAGAGCCCAAACAAGAAGAACAGGACUUUGAGUCAAGCACUGUGGAACCGGAACCCAAGAUGGAGACGGAAGAGGAAUCCAAAUCCCUGUUGGUCAAGAAGGAAGAGCCAGAGGCACCGGAGCCCAAGCAGGAGCCAAUGGAAACCGAGGAGAAGAAGACUGAAGUAAAGGCCGAGCCCAAAGAAGAGGAGGAAGGUGGUGCUAACAGCACGACGUCCUCUUCGCCCACCCAGUCUCGCCGCAAGAUCUUUAAGCCGGAGGAGUUGCGGCAGGCGCUGAUGCCCACGCUAGAGUCCCUCUACAGGCAGGACCCCGAGUCUCUUCCGUUCCGCCAGCCGGUCGACCCCAUCCUCCUGGGCAUCCCUGACUAUUUUGACAUAGUGAAGAACCCAAUCGAUCUGUCCACUAUAAAGCGGAAGCUGGACACGGGACAGUACCAGGAGCCGUGGCAGUACGUGGAUGAUGUGUGGCUCAUGUUUAACAACGCCUGGCUCUACAACAGGAAAACGUCCCGAGUGUACAAGUACUGCUCCAAACUGGCAGAAGUGUUUGAGCAGGAGAUUGACCCGGUCAUGCAGGGCCUGGGCUACUGCUGUGGGAGGAAGUAUGAGUUUUCCCCUCAAACGCUGUGCUGCUAUGGCAAGCAGCUUUGCACCAUUCCCCGAGACGGAACCUACUACAGUUACCAGAACAGGUAUCAUUUCUGUGAGAAGUGCUUCAAUGAGAUUCAGGGAGACAGCGUGACUCUUGGAGAUGAUCCUGCACAGCCGCAGACCAUGAUUUCUAAAGACCAGUUUGAGAGGAAGAAGAAUGACACACUAGACCCUGAGCCGUUUGUUGAAUGUAAAGAUUGUGGGCGUAAGAUGCAUCAGAUAUGUGUGUUACAUUAUGAAGUCAUCUGGCCUGCUGGCUUUAUCUGUGAUAACUGUUUGAAGAAAAGUGUAAAGUCAAGGAAGGAGAAUAAGUUUUCUGCAAAAAGGUUGCAGUCAACACGUUUGGGCACAUAUAUAGAGGACCGCGUGAACAAAUACUUGAAGAGACAGAACCAUCCAGAAGCUGGAGAGGUGUUCGUGCGAGUGGUGGCCAGUUCAGACAAAACGGUGGAGGUCAAACCUGGCAUGAAGGCCAGGUUUGUAGAUACAGGUGAGAUGUCCGAGAGCUUCCCCUACAGAACCAAAGCACUUUUCGCCUUUGAGGAGAUUGACGGUGUCGACGUGUGUUUCUUUGGCAUGCAUGUGCAGGAAUACGGCUCAGAAUGUCCUUUCCCCAACACCAGACGGGUAUACAUAUCAUACCUCGACAGUAUUCACUUCUUUAAACCCCGAAUGCUUAGAACAGCCGUUUAUCAUGAAAUCCUCAUUGGCUAUUUGGAGUACGUCAAAAAACUCGGAUAUGUGACCGGACACAUUUGGGCAUGUCCGCCCAGCGAGGGUGAUGACUAUAUCUUUCACUGUCAUCCUGCCGACCAGAAGAUCCCCAAGCCUAAACGCCUACAAGAAUGGUACCGCAAAAUGUUGGACAAAGCCUUUGCAGAAAGGAUACUACACGACUACAAGGACAUCUUUAAGCAAGCAACAGAGGAUCGUCUGACAAGUGCAAAUGAGCUAUCAUACUUUGAGGGUGAUUUCUGGCCCAAUGUUCUGGAAGAGAGCAUUAAGGAGUUGGAGCAAGAGGAGGAGGAGAGGAAAAAGGAGGAGAACACUGCAGCUUGUGAAACUCCAGAGGGCACACCAGGUGACAGUAAGAACGGCAAGAAGAAGAACAAUAAGAAGACCAAUAAGAAUAAGAGCAGUGUAAGCCGAGCCAAUAAGAAGAAGCCUGGGAUGCCGAAUGUAGCUAAUGACCUUUCCCAGAAACUCUAUGCUACCAUGGAGAAGCACAAAGAGGUGUUUUUCGUGAUCCAUUUGCAUUCUGGGCCCAUGGUCAACACAUUACCACCCAUAAUGGACCCCGAUCCCCUGCUAACCUGUGACCUGAUGGACGGUCGCGAUGCGUUCCUGACAUUGGCGCGGGAUAAGCACUGGGAGUUUAGCUCUCUUCGACGCUGCAAGUGGAGCACCAUGUGCAUGCUGGUGGAGCUCCAUAACCAGGGACAGGACCGCUUUGUCUACACCUGCAAUGAGUGCAAGCACCAUGUGGAGACUCGGUGGCACUGUACUGUGUGCGAGGACUUUGAUUUGUGCAUCAACUGCUAUAACACUAAAGGCCACGAGCACCAGAUGGUUAAGUGGGGUCUUGGUCUGGAUGAUGACAGUAGCGGUCAGAGUGGCGAAGCCUCCAAGAGCCCUCAAGAGAGCCGACGCCUGAGUAUCCAGCGCUGCAUUCAGUCUCUGGUGCACGCCUGCCAGUGUCGCAACGCAAACUGUUCCCUGCCGUCCUGCCAGAAGAUGAAGCGGGUGGUGCAGCACACCAAGGGCUGCAAGCGCAAGACCAAUGGCGGCUGUCCAGUCUGCAAACAGCUUAUUGCUCUCUGCUGCUAUCACGCCAAGCACUGCCAGGAGAACAAGUGCCCCGUGCCGUUCUGCCUCAACAUCAAGCACAAACUCCGUCAGCAGCAGCUGCAGCACAGACUUCAGCAAGCUCAGAUGAUGCGACGGCGCAUGGCCACCAUGCAGGUUCGCGGCAUGCCCCAGAGCCUCCCGUCACCUCCGCCGUCCACAGCCCCGAGCACACCCACCGCCCACCAGCAGCCCAACACACCUCAGACCCCGCAGCCCCUCUCCAACCAACCUGCCACCCCCAGUGCUGGAGUUAUGUCCCCUACGUAUCCCAACGCUCCCCGCAAUGGCCAGCCCCCAGCACAAUCAUCCCAAGGCAAGCCAGGUCCCCAGGCCUCCCCUCUACACCAGCAGCAGUCUCCGCUCCCCCAGCCUCCCCCACAGUCGCAACAGCCCCAGCCACCACAGCAACAGCAGCAGCCUCAGCAACAGCAUCCCCCGCUGGCCGCCGUCAAAAUGGCCCGGCACAUAGAGAUGGUGGCGCAUGCUCAGCAGAGCCAGAACUACCGCAUGACCAUGAACGGCCUUCCCAUGAACCACCAGACUCAGCGCAUGCCGGGCCCGAUGCAGCCACCACCAAUGCAGAUGGUGGGGCCACGGGGUCCACAGGUAAUGCAGCCCAUGGCUCCGGGGCAGUGGCCCGGAAACCCGCAAACUGGUAUGCCGGUGGCUCAGCCUCAGCAGCCGGUGGCACCACCGCAGGUAGCCCAAGGCCCACCGAUGCAAAGGGCAAUGAUGCCCCAGCAACCGCAACAGCAACAACGCAUGAUGGUACCCACGCAGGGCCAGCGUCCACCAACUCCGCAGAGACCCGGAGCCAUUGCUCCCAAUGCUCUGCAAGAUCUGUUGCGCACACUAAAGUCACCAAGCUCCCCCCAGCAGCAACAGCAGGUUCUCAACAUCCUAAAGUCCAACCCACAGCUAAUGGCAGCCUUCAUCAAACAGAGAACGGCCAAAUACCACGCCAACCAGCCGCAGCAGCAACAACAGGGCAUGCAGCCAGCGAUGCAAGCCAUGGCAGCCAUGCCGGCUGUACAAAGGCAAGGUAUGCCCCCUCAGCAGCCCCAACAGACACCAACACAAGGCAUGGCAGCUCUCGGACCACAGGGUCAACUCAUGAACCCGGCUCACGCCAACAACCCUCAGAUACAGGAAUUGUACCGCAGGCAGCUCUUGCGUCAGCAGCAGCAACAACAGCAGCAGCAGCAACAGGGCGUGAUGCCCCAAGCGCAUGGCCAGUUCCCUCAAGCGCAGGGUUCUGCAGCCAGCUACUCGCAACUCCGGAUGCAGCAGCAGCAGCAGCAGCUGGCCAUGCAGGGGGCUGGCGGGCCCAUGGGUCAGCUGCCUCCCAUGGCCCAAAUGGGGCAACCUGGGCUGGGCAUGGACAGCACGCAAAACCUCCUGCACCAGCGCAUGCUCCAGCAGCAGCAGCAGCAGGCCGUCCUCAAGCCUCAGAUUGGUUCUCCUGCGCAGCCCGGGCCCAUGAGCCCACAGGCCCACCUGCUGGCCGGUCAACCACAGGGCGCUCACCUGGCUGGACAGCCAAUGGGCAACGCGCUCGGCAACCAGGUGCGUUCACCAGCCCCAGUUCAGUCGCCCCGGCCGCCGUCCCAACAACCGCCGCCCCAUUCCAGCCCCAGUCCCCAGGUCCAGCCGCAACCGUCGCCCCAGCACGUCCCCGGCCCGCCUCAUUCCGGUUCACCUCACCCCGGCCUGGCCCCCAUGCCCGGCUCUAUGGAUCAGGGACACUUGGGAACGCCGGAACAGAGCGCCAUGCUCCCGCAGCUUAACACCCCCAACCGCGGGGGGCUGCCCAGUGACUUAGGCAUGGUUGGAGACACCACAGGAGAUACGCUGGAGAAAUUUGUGGAAGGAUUGUAGCGUUUUCUGCGAGACUACCACCUCCCUCCCAACAAGUCCUGCUCCCAUCCUCCUCCUUUUUACCCCAUUUCCCUUUUUUUGGUUUCUCCUUUUCCUGAUUCGAUUUUUUUUGUACUGACAUGUAAAAAGUUCCAAGAAAUGUAAGAGGAGAAAAAAAGAAAUAAAAAAAAGUCAACAAUGCUAGAAAUGUUGUUUCCUAAAGCAAGACUAAUAUUUCUUCCUUUGAGUUGAGGGAUUAAUAAAAUUGCUGUUUAAAAAGAAAUUUAAAUCUCAAAGAAUAUAUUUUUGUUUCAGACCAAAACGUGGUCUAUUUGUUUUAAUUAUUUUUUUCUUUUCAGUUUUUUCCCUUUUCUUUUGUGUGAUAAGGUUUCAUGCCUGGUCUUUAUUUCUUUUCUUUUUUAAAAAAAGCAAAAGAACAGAAAAGUUCAUUAUAUAAUUCAUACCUUUUUAUUUUGUACCUUGUCUAACUUCAGAACUUUUGUGUUUAAGAACUGUAAAAUAAUUUGUCUGGGGAUUCGGGCAAGGAUUUCUCUGCUCUCAUCUUUCCUGGCGAUUGUAUUCUGGUGUUGUACCGUUUUGUUUCUUUUGUUUGUUUGUUUUUUCUGUUUUCAGACCUGCAUUUUGGAGGAAGUCCUCCUUUCCUCAUUGUGAAGUCUUUUUGAGGAGAACUAUUUGUUUGUGUUUAUAGGAACUGGGCAUACACACACACACACACACACACACACACACACACACACACACACAUACCAAUGCGUCAGAAACACAGUACGGCAACAGCCGCAAGAGGAUGUGCAAACCCGGACAACAUCUCACUGGCCUGGAUCCAGAAUUUCUGUCUUGCAGAUGUAGAAAAUUGUUGCUUUUUGUCCUAAUUUUGUGAUACAGAUCUAUAAGUAUAAAGUGAGAGGGAGGGACGGACGCCCACUGAGCUGAGUGGGUUUGGAAUGAGCGAUCACUGGUUGACUGCUUUUUGGAACACUUGAGAGUUCGGCUGUCGACCCUCAUUCCUCUCACACACAAACUUGAACUGGGGCUCCACUUUUCCUCUUAAUGUAAAUCAUGCAAGUUAUUAAGCAAAGUACUAUAAAUAUAAGGAAGAGAGAAUGGAAUCACUGUAUAAACUGGUUAAAAACUUAUUUCUUACUUAUAUACCAUAUUGUUAAAUAAACUGUGUGCAACAGAUCAAAUCCA